AUGUUCUCGCACGGCGCUGAUUCCGCCCACGACGCCGGGGCCGUCGGCGUCAGCAGCGGCGGGGCCACCGUCCCCACCCGCUUCGUUUGGCCCUACGGUGGAAAGAGGUACAAGUUCUUUGUGGACGGGGAGUGGCGGCAUGAUGAGCGCCAACCUACUAUAUCUGGGGAGUUUGGUAUAGUUAACACAUUAUACUUAACAAGGGAAUUUAACCAAAUAAACGCCUUAUUAAGUCUAAGCUCACCUGGAAGCAGGAUGAACAUGGACGUGGAUAAUGAAAAUUUUCAACGUACGGUUACGUUGUCGGAUGGUACCGUUUCGGAAGGUACUCCGAGAGUUUCGGAGGCUGCAAUACAAAUCUCUAGGUGCUGCGUUUCUGAAUAUCUGAAUUUGCAUACAUGUUAUGAUUUACUCCCGGAUUCGGGCAAGGUUAUUGCUCUGGACAUUAAUUUACCUGUGAAGCAAUCUUUUCAUAUUCUACAUGAACAGGGGAUUCCUGUAGCUCCUCUGUGGGACUCAUUCAGAGGUCAAUUUGUUGGUCUUCUGAGCCCAUUGGAUUUCAUACUUAUAUUGCGGGAGCUAGAAACUCAUGGCUCGAACUUGACAGAAGAGCAGCUUGAAACGCACACUAUAUCUGCAUGGAAAGAGGCUAAGCGGCAAACUUAUGGAAGAAAUGAUGGUCAGUGGCGACCACAUCAGCAUCUAGUGCAUGCCACCCCUUAUGAGUCCUUGAAGGACAUUGCAGUAAAGCUUUUGCAAAAUGGUAUUUCUACAGUGCCGGUUAUUUAUUCAUCAUCAUCGGAUGGAUCAUUCCCGCAGUUGUUGCAUCUUGCAUCCCUUUCUGGAAUUUUGAAAUGUAUUUGUAGAUAUUUCAAAAACUCGACUGGUAAUUUGCCUAUUCUGAACCAACCAGUGUGCUCCAUUCCGCUGGGUUCCUGGGUUCCGAAAAUUGGUGAUCCUAACAGUCGUCCAUUGGCUAUGUUGCGACCUAAUGCAUCACUUAGCUCUGCCCUUAACAUGUUGGUUCAAGCUGGAGUAAGCUCAAUACCAAUCGUGGAUGAAAAUGACGCCCUACUUGACACUUACUCUAGAAGUGACAUCACAGCCCUAGCAAAAGACAAGGUCUACACACAUGUUCGGCUGGAUGAGAUGACCAUUCAUCAGGCUUUGCAGCUUGGACAAGAUGCCAAUACACCUUUUGGGUUUUUUAACGGUCAGAGAUGCCAGAUGUGCCUCCGAUCUGAUCCUUUGCUGAAGGUGAUGGAGCGACUGGCUAAUCCUGGGGUGCGGCGGGUGUUCAUUGUGGAAGCUGGGAGCAAACGUGUGGAGGGCAUUAUAUCACUGAGUGAUAUUUUCAAGUUCUUGCUGAGCUUGUGA